AUGCUUCAGUCCAUCAAUGAUGCAGACAAACCUGCUACCCGGGGCAAGAAACCAGAGAAAGGGAAAGGAAAGAAAGUGGUCAAAGGGGCGAAAGGCCCUACUCCUAAGAAGAGAAAAUCAACAAAGGCAGACCAAUCACCUCCACUGAAGAAGAAGAAAACACAGCCUAAAAGAAAACUUAUUCUUGCUUCUUCAUCAAGCGAAUCAGAGGAUGAAGGUUCAGACUCAGACGAGUCAAUUCGAGGUGACUCUCCUCCCCGUUCGCCUUCACAUGAGGUACCAGUCACAACCGAACCUGUCUCUUCUUCACCUAUCACUAUCUGUAUUUCCAUUUCCCCCAUAACUUCCUCUACUUAUAUUCCACCCACUUCUUUUCCUAUACCACCUCCCAUUUUCUCUGAAGCCACAAAAACAACAACCACUGGAGUUCGAACCAACGUAUCUAAUAUGGGGGAUCGUACUUCAGCACCCGAACACACACAUACAACCGAACCCACUUCCACACCCAAACCUACUCCCAUAACCGAACCUCCAACAUCGCCUUUAUCUUCCAAUGACUCAGCAGAAACUGGGACAUUUCUAGGAGGGGAAGAUAUGACUUUCGAUUCAGUUUACUACAGUCCCUACCAGGUUCAGAGUGAUGAUGAUGAUGAUGCUCCUGUCACCAAAAAGCACAUCAAGGAACUCCACGAGAAGAUUGAUAAUCUCGUCGCUUCUUCCUCCUCCUCUCGGUCCCAUAUCACGGAAGCUGCCAUUCAUGGAAUGGUCGAUACUUUCACCAAGGCACACGAAGCCUCCAUCAAGUCUGCCACUGCUGCUAUAGAUGCAUCAACCAAGGCUGGUGCUGCUACGACCGAAAAAGUCGAAAAACUAUUUCGAGAUGCUACCCUCUUUUUGGAGUCUUUGCAGGGGGCAGCCGAAUCUAAUGCAGCGAAGGUUAAUUCGGUUGUUGAGAAGCUGGCUACUUCCUUUAAAACAAAACAGAACCACUUCGCCAGUCUUCGUCGGACCCUAGAAGCAGACAACAAAUCCUUCCAGACAACCAUUGAGGAUCGCCUGACCAAGCUCCAAGAAGACCUUGCCACGGAAAAUUAUGUGAUGGAUGUGCUUGCACGCAAAACAACUGCGCUAAAAAUCAAGAGUCUUCAACUUUCCCAAACUGAGAAGGAGGUUGAUUCUCUUCGGUCCGAGCGUGCUGUGAUUAAGAGUUUUGUUUGGGAUGUCCACAGAGCCCUCUCGAACAUCAUUAAAGCACAUGACCCGAUUCUCAACUACUCAGUGCGGUGA